GCAGCCUCAGACCAUUUAGUUUAAAUCUUUAACUGCGACUCGAAAGUAUUGAACAUGUUCAAGUAUCUGAUCGUUUGCCUGGCGCUGUGCACAUUGGCCUAUGCUAAUGAAGAAUGGGUGGCCAAAACUGCAAAUGAAAUCAAGGAGAUUCGCGCCGAAUGCUUCAAGGCGCAUCCCCUGAACCAGGAACAGAUCAACAAGUUGAAGCAAACUGAGUUUCCGGACGAGCCCGAAGUGCGCCAAUAUUUACUGUGCACUGCCACUAAGCUGGAUAUCUUCUGCACUCACGAAGGCUACCAUGCAGAUCGCCUGGCUAAGCAGUUUAAGAUGGAUCUCACCGAGGAGGAGGCGUUGCAAAUUGCUCAGGGCUGCAUUGACAGCAAUCCCGAGAAGAGCCCAGCGGACGUGUGGGCUUUCCGCGGACACAAGUGCAUGAUGGCCAGCAAGAUCGGCGAAAGGGUCAGGGCCUACAUAAAGGCCAAGCAGGCUGCGGCAGCUGCCUCCGCUUAAGCUCAAUAAAUGUUAUUUGUGCUUGAAGGCAAA